AUGUCUUUCUCCUUUUCCUUUUCCGGGGAGGAUAUAGAGGAUAGCGAUGCAGAUGCAUCCCAGCCGGCUCCAUCGGCUCAGCAACCUCCAGCAGCAACAGCAAGCGCGUUCCCCGUGCAGGGCAAGCCGUUGCUCCCGCCAACACUUCACGCGCUUGAUGACUUCCUCCGGACAUUGCCGUCCAAGGUUGCAUACAGCACGUUGGACGUCGACCUCGGCGAGCAAGGGAUCAUCCAGAUCCCACGCCGAGAGUUGUGGGAUGUCCGGGUGCAGUUGAUGGCCGAGGAGGAUGCCUCGGAUCCGCAGGAGGAACUCGAGCCCGGGCUCGGCAAGCACGACGUCAGGACGGGGAUUUACGAGGGCGGAUUCAAGAGCUGGGAGAGCAGCGUGGAUCUGGUCAAGGUCCUCGCCACCGAGAAGCUAUCUCAGGCUCUGUUCCAGGGACCUUCCAGAGUUGUCGAGCUGGGCUGCGGCACUGGCCUUCCCUCGCUGGCGUUGUUUCAGUGGGCCGUUGCAUCGAAGGAGUCGUCGUCGCCAUCGAAGGCUCCUCUGCGCCUCACGCUUGCCGAUUACAACCCCACUGUUCUUUAUCUUGUGACGUUGCCCAACUUCAUCAUCGCGUGGGCUCUGCAGCAGAGGGGCAAAAUUCAAGCUCUCGACGAGGCAUUUUCUCUGGAGGGAGAGCUCGAGCUGGGCGACGACGUCCUGGGCGCUUUCAAGACCUUCCUAAGUGAGAACGACAUCUCGUUGUCGUUUGUCUCUGGAGGUUGGUGCCCCGAGUUUGUGGACUUGAUUUACUCCUCAGACAACGUGCCUCAGGGGUUGGGCGAUACUCAGACUCUGGUCAUGGGAGCCGAGACCAUAUACUCUCCGUUUGCUCUGGCGUCCUUCACAGAGACUCUGCUCUCGAUACUUCAAAGAGAACGCGCCGAGCAGCGCAGUCGACAAGCCGUUGCCGUUGUCGCUGCUAAGAGGCUAUACUUCGGCGUUGGUGGAUCUCUCGACGACUUCGUCGAGAAGAUCGAGACUCUUGGGGUCACGGUGAGCUUGAUGAGAGAGGAAACCGAAGGCGUCCGACGGGGUGUCGUCAAGUGCGUUCUGCCAUGA